GAUGGAACCCUAUCAGGAGAAUCUUCCUCUGAAUAUCUAUCAUGUCCAAAAGUUGUUAGUUAUCAUGAACAGGUUACACAUGCUCCUUCAUUCCACUGCUUUAGGCUUCUUAUUUUAUUACAGGGUGUGCUUUUUCUUCCAAGACCCAGAAAGCACAAGAAGCCACUUGUUACCAUGGUUGCUUGUUUUUGCUUCAGAAAUCAUUCUCUCCUUCAUUUGGGUCCUUGGCCAAGCUUAUCAUUGGCGUCCUGUUUCACGUUCUGUCUUCACAGAAAGAUUGCCUGAGGAUGAAAAGCUUCCUGCUAUUGAUGUUUUCAUAUGCACUACAGAUCCUAUUGAAGAGCCAACUUUGGAUGUAAUGCACACUAUUUUAUCAGCCAUGGCUUUGGAUUAUCCUCCAGAGAAGCUGCAUGUGUAUCUUUCUGAUGAUGGGGGUUCCCCCAUGACCCUGCAUGGUGUGAGGGAGGCUUGGAAAUUUGCUAGGUGGUGGAUCCCUUUUUGCAGAAGGUACAGAAUAAAGAACAGGUGCCCCAAGGCUUACUUUUCUGAUUUGGAGAAUGAUGAUGGUGAUUUUGUAAGCAGUAAUGUGUACAUGGAAGAGAGGCAAAAGAUCAAGGAAAAGUAUGAGGCUUUUAAAGAAGAGAUAAAGACAUUCAGAAAAGAUAGAGCCUUUUCCAAAGAUAGUCCUGGCAACACUGCUCGAGAUCACCCAUGCAUCAUUGAGGUGAUGCAAGAAAGUAUCAUUGAUGGUGUAGAUAAUGUCAAAAUGCCUCACCUUGUUUAUGUUUCUCGUGAGAAAAGGCCUUCUCAUCCCCACCAUUUCAAGGCUGGAGCACUCAAUGUCCUUCUUCGCAUCUCUGCUGUGACGAGCAAUUCUCCCUACAUCCUAAUUCUUGAUUGUGACAUGUUCUGUAAUGAUCCAACUUCAGCUCGAUAUGCUAUGUGUUUUCACCUUGAUCCAAAGAUAUCAUCCUCCUUGGCUUUUGUUCAAUUUCCUCAGAGAUUUCACAACAUUAGCAAGAAUGACAUCUAUGAUAGUCAGCUGAGAUCAUUAUUUACCGUCAGCUACAAUGGUAUGGACGGGCUUAAGGGACCAGUGAUGUCAGGUACAGGCUUUUAUAUUAAAAGGGUAGCACUGUAUGGAAAUUGCUCAAGUAAAGGAACUGAUAUGCUGCAACUUAAAGAAAACUUUGGUUCAUCUAAUGAAUUCAUUAGAUCACAUACUCAAAACUACACAAGUGAUUUAGUCUCUGUUCACAAUGCAUUACUAGAAGAACCUAAUUUGUUGGCUUCAUGUGAGUAUGAAAUUGACACUAAAUGGGGAAAAGAGGUUGGUUUCCUAUAUGAUAGUGUAGUAGAAGACUACCUCACUGGAUUUAUCUUGCAUUGUAAUGGAUGGACUUCAGUUUUCUGUGAACCUUCUAGGCCACAGUUUCUAGGUACAGCUACGACAAACUUAAAUGAUGUACUAAUCCAAGGCACUAGGUGGUACGGUGGUUUGUUCGAAAAUGGUAUAAAUAGGUUUUGUCCCCUUAUAUAUGGACCUUCAAGGAUGCCACUUCUCCAGAGUCUAUGUUUUGCAUGGCUCACAUAUUUCCCUCUUUAUAGCUUGCCUCUUUGGUGUCUGGCUACCAUCCCUCAGCUCUGUCUACUAAAUGGAAUACCCUUGUACCCUAAGGUUUCAGACCCAUUUUUCAUUAUCUUUUUAUUCAUCGUUGUAUCAGCACUUCUAAAACACUUACAAGAAGUCUUCUUAACUGGUGGAACACUCCAUCAGUGGAUAAAUGAGCAAAGGGUCUGGAUGAUGAAAUCAAUCACUUGCCAUCUAUAUGGAUGUUUGGAUGCUCUACUAAAGAAAGCUGGUAUAAGAGAAGCUAGUUUCUUGCCAACUAAUAAAUUAGAGGAUGAUGAACAAACUCUGCUAUAUCAAAUGGAUAAAUACGAUUUUCGAGCGUCAAAUAUCUUUAUAGUUCCAAUGGUUUCCCUCCUCACUAUCAACAUAUAUUGCUUCGUAGGAGGAGUCUACAGAAUGUUAUUGGUGGGUGAUUGGGACAAAAUGUUCAUACAGCUUUUCCUUGCAGUUUUUAUCAUUACUGUCAACUACCCCAUCAUUGAAGGGGUGGUGAUAAGGAAGGACAAGGGACGCAUUUCACAGUUGGUUGCUACACCUGUUAUCUUCGCCACUGUUGUCCUUUUGGCAUUUUUUAAACUACUAAGAAAUGCAUAA